UACAGAGCCAUCACGGUGCGGAAGCUCAUGCAGGGCAUGGGCCUUGGCCUCUCAAGCGUCUUUGCUCUGUGCCUGGGCCACACCUCCAGCUUCUGUGAGUCUGUGGUCUUUGCAUCAGCCUCCAUCGGCCUCCAGACCUUCAACCACAGUGGCAUUUCCGUUAACAUCCAGGACUUGGCCCCAUCCUGCGCCGGCUUUCUGUUUGGUGUGGCCAACACAGCUGGAGCCUUGGCAGGUGUCGUGGGUGUGUGUCUGGGCGGCUACUUGAUCGAGACCACGGGCUCCUGGACUUGCCUGUUCAACCUUGUGGCCAUCAUCAGCAACCUGGGGCUGUGCACCUUCCUGGUGUUUGGACAGGCCCAGAGGGUGGACCUGAGCUCCACCCACGAGGACCUCUAGCCCCCAACCCCACAGCCUCUCCGAGGACCAGGCACUGGCAGCCCCGGGACAGAGGGGACUCAGUGUGUGGGACUUGGUCACUCCAUGUCAGACGCAUGAGCAGAGAGGAACGCAAACCACUGUAGAGCCUGAAGCUCCUUAAGGAGAGUCCACACCAGCUGGCAGGAGGGUGGGGUGGGCCUGGGUCGGGACUAGGCUCGCUGCUCUGUGGGCCUCAGUUUCCCCACUUGCCAGCGGGCUCGGCCCUGUCCUCCUCACAGGCUGGUGUGGCCGUUCGGGUGAGUGGAGUUAUUGUUAGUAGGCGCAGCCUCAUUCCCACCACGAUCUGUUCCGUGUGGUCCCGCCAAGCCUCCCACAGUGCCGUGGGUCCUGCCAAGCCUCCCACAGUGCCGUGGGUCCCGCCAAGCUUCGCACAGUGCUGUGGGUCCCACCAAGGCUCCCGUGGCUGCCGUGGGUCCCGCCAAGCCUCCUGCAGCCGCCAUGCUCUCCGCAAGCCUCCUGCAGCGCCCACCUGCCAAUGUGAAGCUGGCACCAGGCUGCAGCCUCCCCAACCCCAGCCCACUUUGCUGUGUCUCUGGCAGGACGUCCUCCGUAGUGGGAGCCACCCUGUACGCUGUAGGAUGCUUAAAGGCAUCCCUGGCCUCCACCCACCCCUUGCCAGCAGCACCUACCCUCCCUCCUCCCAGUCAGACAACAACCAGAAAUGUCUCCAGACUCUGCUCAGCCUCCCCGGGUAGCCACCCUCGAGACACGACCUCAGAGUCUCUGCGUCUCCCAACAGCCUGACAGAGACCCCCAGGGCAUGGGUGGGUGGCAGGUUAGAGACCCUUGCCCUUCUCUGGGACCCUGGCGCCGCUCUCUCCUCCUGUGGAUCCCUCUGCACUAACAGUGUUCUCAGUGGGCAGAUGCCUGGGCACCCCUUGGGCCCUGCCCAGCAUGGCCAUGGCACAGGUUCUCGAACCCGCAUGGCUUUCCCAGGCCUGGUGAUUCUGCUCUCCAGGGACGGUUGGCACCUUCCUCGGGGCGGGCCCCAUGCACCAGAACACACAGACCCACCUUUCUGGCUUCCUUCCUUCCUUCCUUCCUUCCUUCCUUCCUUCCUUCCUUCCUUCCCUCCCUCCCUCCCUCCCUCCCUCCUUCCUUCCCUUCCCUCCCUCCUUCCUUUCUCU